AUGGGUGAAAAUGGGAGUUUUCUGGCUUUGGCUGUCAUAUCUACCUUGAUAUACAUAGGUAUGUUUAUUGGCUGUCUAACUGGUGUUAAAAUUGUUUUUGGAGUGCCAUGCAUUGUUGCAUUGUUAAUCUACAAAUGGAGACAGAAACAUUUAUCAAUGUAUAAUGGAAUAGAAGAUUUUCUGCAAAGUGACAAUAACAUCAUACCUAUAAGAUACUCUUACAAAGACAUAAAAAAGAUAACCGAAAAAUUCAAAACAAAACUAGGUCAUGGAGGUUAUGGAUCUGUUUUCAAAGGACAACUUCGAAGUGGUCGUCUUGUAGCAGUCAAGUUAUUGGACAAAGCCAAGUCCAACGGUCAAGAUUUUGUUAAUGAAGUAGCUACUAUUGGUAGGAUUCACCAUGUUAAUGUGGUGCAACUCAUUGGUUUUUGUGUAGAGGGAUCAAAACGUGCUCUUAUAUAUGAAUUUAUGCCUAAUGGAUCACUAGAAAAAUACAUACAUUCUCAUGCUGAAGAGAAAUAUUCCCUGACUUGUGAAAAAUUAUAUUCCAUUUCUCUUGGAGUUGCUCGAGGCAUUGAUUACUUGCAUAAUGGAUGCAAUAUGAAAAUUUUGCACUUUGACAUAAAGCCUCAUAAUAUACUUCUCGAUGAGAAUUUCAAUCCAAAAGUUUCUGAUUUCGGACUAGCUAGACUUUGUCCUAUGGAUAAAAGUAUUGUGACAUUAACAGCGGCAAGGGGGACUAUUGGAUACAUGGCCCCUGAAUUAUUCUAUAGAAAUGUUGGUGCAAUAUCUAACAAAGCUGAUGUCUAUAGCUUUGGAAUGUUGUUAAUGGAGAUGGCAAGUAGAAGGAAGAACUUGAAUGCAUUGGCAGAGCAAUCCAGCCAAAUUUAUUUCCCUUUCUGGAUUUAUGAUCAGUUACAUGAUGGAAGAGAAGUAACAAUUGAAAAUGACACAGAUCAAGAAAUAAAAUUGGCAAAGAAAAUGAUGAUUGUUGCUUUGUGGUGUAUACAAACAAAACCUGAGGACCGUCCUUCAAUGGAUAAAGUGUUGGAGAUGCUUGAAGAAGAAGAUGGGGAGUUGCCAAUGCCUAAUAAACCAUACUUUUGUCUACAAGAUGAACCAGUAAUAGGUGUUAGAGAUGAUAAUACUGAUAGUUCAUGGUCUUCUCUUAUACAUCAAUAA